ACGAUUGUGCGGUCGCACAAACAGGAGAGAGAGAGAGAGAGAGAGAGAGAGGGGAAAAAGUGGACUGGUAGUUUCUUUCACAACUUCAAUUCCUUCCUCCCUUCUCUCUAACGACAGGGGGAAAAAAAAAAAAAAAAACCAGAGCCCAAACGAUUCCUUCCCUCGACAUUUCCACCGCCGUUUCCCACUAAACGAUGCCGUCUAACGAAGAGCAACAACAACCAUUGCUCACCAAAACAGAGGACGGAGGAGGAGGAGAAGAAGAAACAGCCUACGAAUCGGACGAGAAAGUUCACGUCAUCGGCGUCGACGACGACGCACCCGACGACGACUGGGCCAAGACGCCGCCGUUUUCAUGGAAGAAGCUGUGGCUGUUCACCGGGCCGGGCUUCCUAAUGAGCAUAGCGUUCCUCGAUCCGGGCAACCUGGAGGGGGACCUCCAGGCGGGGGCGAUCGCGGGGUACUCCCUGCUGUGGCUGCUGCUGUGGGCCACCGCCAUGGGGCUCCUCGUCCAGCUUCUGUCGGCCCGGCUCGGCGUGGCGACAGGCCGGCACCUGGCCGAGCUGUGCAGGGAGGAGUACCCGAAUUGGGCCAGGCUCCUGUUGUGGGUCAUGGCUGAGCUUGCUCUUAUUGGGGCCGAUAUUCAAGAAGUUAUCGGGAGUGCGAUUGCGAUUAAGAUUCUGAGUAAUGGGGCUGUGCCUCUUUGGGCUGGUGUUGUUAUCACUGCCUGUGAUUGUUUCAUCCUUCUAUUUCUUGAAAACUAUGGUGUGAGGAAACUGGAAGCGAUUUUUGCGGUUCUGAUUGCAACAAUGGCAGUUUCAUUUGCUUGGAUGUUUGGAGAGACAAAGCCCAAUGGGGUAGAACUUCUUGAAGGUAUUUUAAUCCCAAAACUCAGCUCGAAAACAAUACAACAGGCUGUGGGUGUUGUGGGUUGCAUUAUUAUGCCUCACAAUGUGUUCCUGCACUCAGCCCUCGUACAAUCUAGAGAGAUCGACCAGCGCAAGAUUGGCCGCAUUCGCGAAGCAAUCAAUUACUAUUCCAUAGAGUCCACUAUUGCCCUUGCAAUCUCCUUUGUGAUCAACCUUUUUGUCACAACUGUAUUCGCCAAGGCAUUCUAUGGUACCGAAAUAGCCAAUAGCAUUGGCCUCGUAAAUGCUGGGCAAUACCUUCAAGAGAAGUUUGGGGGAGGUAUACCAAUUCUGUACAUUUGGGGUAUUGGUUUACUGGCAGCUGGGCAAAGUAGUACCAUCACUGGAACCUAUGCUGGGCAGUUUAUCAUGGGGGGUUUUCUGAACAUGCGGUUGAAGAAGUGGCUCAGGGCGUUGAUAACAAGAAGCUGUGCUAUUAUUCCAACUAUGAUUGUUGCUCUUGCUUUUGAUGCAUCCGAUGACAUGUUAGAUGUUCUGAAUGAAUGGCUUAAUGUGCUUCAGUCGGUUCAGAUCCCUUUCGCGCUGAUUCCCCUUCUCUGUUUGGUGUCCAAGGAGGAGAUCAUGGGAGUUUUCAAAAUUGGCCCUGUCCUCCAGACGGUGUCGUGGCUGGUGGCUGCCUUGGUGAUCGUCAUCAAUGGAUAUCUUCUGGUGGAAUUUUUCUCUUCUGAAGUUAACGGGUUGUUGUUGACCUCUGUAGUAGCUGCUUUUACAGCCGCAUAUGUUGCGUUUAUCAUAUACCUUAUAUCACGGGGCAUUACCUUUUCAAAAUUGUUUGGCCAAUUACCUGCCAAGAGGAUAACAACCACAGGAAGCUGAUCGAUUUUUCCAACACGUAGUGUCAAAUGUAAACUACAGAUAUGGGGGUGAACAAUACAGGUCUUACAUAUAUGCAUGGUUCUGGGGAUUAAACUUGGACUCUGAUGCAGUGGAUUUCGAUUGGACCUGGUGCCCUUGGGGGGAAACAGUUGUAUUCUUUUGUUGGUGGAACGAUUACCUUGUUUUUAACUUCAUUCCAUGGAUGAUGGAAAAAACUGAGCAACGAAUUCUGGGUAAGAUCCCAAGCAGUGUAUUGUGUAUCAUAUGUUAAGAAAGUUGCUAGAUGUAGCUGUAAUACCCUUGUUCCAACAAACAGAAGGAAAAAAAAUGCUGUAGUACUAUGCCUUCUAAUGGUUGGCAUGUUGGGAAUGUCCAACUUGAUUUAGAUAAAUACUAGGUGCUGUUAGUCUAUAGUUUCCAUACACUUCCGAUUUCUUUUUCAUGUGGAGUGGAAAUUUUAUUUCGUAGUU